GGUUCAUCAUAUCAACCACAUCUUUACUUGUCCUUUUUGAGAUUUUUUUUUUUUUUUUUGUUUUCCUUUCAAUUCCCUCAUGGCUCUGCAACAUCCACUGCUUUGCAAAUCCUCCAUGGCUGCACUCAUUCUCCUACUUGUUGGGUUGCUACACAUAACAGGCGUAGAGUCUAUUGGAGUUUGUUAUGGUAAAAACGGCAACAAUUUACCAUCCGAUACCGAAACCAUAAACCUCAUGAAGAGCAAUGGCAUCCAAGGCCUGCGAGUCUACGCCGCCGACACCACAGUCUUCAACGCUCUCAAGGGAAGCAACAUCGCCGUCACCGUCGACGUUUCCAACCCUAAACUCAAAGAGCUAACCAACGCCGCCCAAGCCAAAGCUUGGGUUCAAAACAACAUAGUACCCUAUGCUAACAACGUCAAAUUCAAAUACAUCGCCGUCGGGAACGAGGUGUACGCCGGAAACUCCGAAACGGCUCAGUACGUCGACUCAGUCAUGCCCGCCUUGCGAAACGUGCACAACGCGCUAGCGGCGUUUGGGUUGCAGGGCAAGAUUAAGGCCACCACCGCCACCUACUCCGCCGUCUUGACCAACACCUACCCCCCCAAUCAAGGCGUUUUCCAAGAAAACGCCAAGAAGUUAAUGGUCCCCGUCGUCCAAUUCCUCGCCCAGACCGGAAACCCUUUGCUAGCCAACAUUUACCCUUAUUUCAGUUACAGAGGCAACCCCUCUCAAAUCCCACUUUCCUACGCUUUGUUCACCGACCCUAACCCCAAUUCCGUCGGCUACCGCAACCUCUUCGACGCGCUCCUCGACUCCAUGUACGCCGCCGUUCAGAAGGCCGGCGGCCCUAACGUGCCCAUUGUUGUUUCGGAAACCGGGUGGCCGUCCGCCGGAGGGUUCGCGGCGACGAUGCAGAAUGCUGCCACGUAUUAUAGGAAUCUCAUCGCACAUGUUAAAGGAAACGCUGGGACUCCGAUGAAGCCCGGAAGGUCAAUUGAGACUUACCUUUUCGCCAUGUACGAUGAAAACCAGAAACCUGGUGAUCAAGUGGAGAAGCAUUUUGGAGUUUACCGUCCCGAUAAAAGUUCAAAGUAUCAGCUUCAGUUUUAACUGAGGCAUGAGCUGAUUAAUCGUUUUAUAAUAAUAGUAAUAAAUAAUAAUAAUAAGAAUAAUGUAUGGGACAAAAAUAAAUUACAAAGCUGUAUUCCCGUACAGAGCAUAAGAAGGGGCAAUAAAGUUGUAAAUGCUUUAUGCAUGGAUCCAACAUGCUCUAAUAUGCUUGAGCAUUUGAGCAAUAUAAUAAAGUUAUUUCUUGUUUAUAUAUUA